AUGGAAUUAUUUCUAAUCGUACAUUAUAUAAGAGCAGAAGCGAAGAGAAUGAAGAACAGAAACUCUGAUAUAUCUAGUCGCACAUUGUAUGUAGAUAUGUUUCCUAUAUUAACAUAUGAAUACUCGAAAUUUUCCUCGGGAUUGCUUUUCUUUUCACCUCAUGACUUACCUUCUAUAGAGUUUCAUUAG